UUCCACCUCGUGAGGUACAACGUGGGCGGCCCUGCGAUCGACCACGAGCGUCUGACGCUGUUGCCUGGGUACAUCCUCGCGCCCGACGGCGAUGACUACGCCGAGCUCGCUGUCCCGAAUCACGACAUCCGAUCUAUUCACAUUCUCAGUGGCCAAGGUGAGGGGCUGCCAGGGAUACCACCUCAGCACCGAUAUCAGUUUCGGCAGCUGCCUCGGGCUGCGGAGGUGUGGGCGGCGCUCCGCCGCGCGUCGGCCCAGGGAUUCGGAGCGACACCCGCAUCGCCAUUCUGCAUCGACCUGAGCGCCACCAACGUGCUGGGGCUGGCCGCUGGGCCGCUGCCUCUUCCCGACCCUGCAGCCGUCGGACCUGGCGCAGGCGCUGGAGCCCUGGCGCCCGCGGGAGGCGCCGCCGCCGCGCCGCCCGCCUUCGGCGGCCCUGCAGCUGCUGGACCCCCCGCCGGAGCAGGCGGCGUCGGCGCCUUGGCGGCCGCCCUCGGGGGCGGAGGCGCUGGAGUGCCCGCCGCCGCGGCCCCAGUGCCUGGCGGCGCGCCCGCCGCCGCUGCGCCGCCUCUCGUCGGAGACCCGCGGGUGAUGGCGCUGGUGCUCGACGGCCGCGGCGUUCGGGACAUCGCUCUCAGCGACGCGGUGAAGCUGCAGACCGAGACGGCGAGGGCCGACUGGCCAGUCAAAGGCCUUCGGACACUGCUCUGGGUCCUUGGUUUCAUGCUGCGCAUGGCUGGAGGUGCUAUGGCAUGGCAUAACAGAUGGAUUGCGAUGAUGCAGUUGGGAGAGUCCGACGAAAGCGUGAAGCUCCACGAGACCCUGUGCCGCGUGAUCGAGACCGCCCUCUGCUACGACCAGCUGGUGAUAUGCGAGCUCGCCUCCUACGAGUACCUCGCCCGCCAGCUUCAGCUGGUGGAGGGGCGCGCGUUCGAGGAGCGCGUGCGGAAGACCCAGCCCGUCCCGAAGGCCAAGGCUCAGGCCAAGGAGCUCGCGGCCGCGGACUUCGGCUCGGAGGUCGGCCACUUCCUCGGCACGGGUGAGACGAAGGGGAACUUGUGCAUCUGUCCCGCUCUGAUGGAUUGGAUCGCCGAUCAGAUGAAGAGGGGCCUCACGAGCCCGUUCCCGUCUCUCGUGAGCCUGGCCAGGUUUGCCCCGAGGCCCUCGUGCCCCCGCCUGGUCUGGGCGCGCCCAUGCGCGGUGCCGAUCGCCAGCGCGACGUUUUUCCGCUACCUCUUCUUCCUGUGGAUGGGCGCCGCCAUUUACCACUGGGUCGCGUUGUUCGUCUGCGCGCUGCCAAAGGUGCGGGCUGGCGCGAGUGGCUGCCUCGGUGGACUACCUCUCGAGCCUGCAUCUGCCGCCUACUCGGAGAGGAGCAGUGCCUGCGAAGCAUCCCUAGUAGAGAUGCUCGCCCAGGCUCCUGGCUACGCUGGUGACAGCGGUCGGGUGCGCCCCUACAGCCAGCCUCUCGUGGCCUGGCUCAAGUCGACGAAGGCUGCGUCCACCUCCGACGUCGUCUCGGAUGCCGACUCCAUCGCGCUGCAGGGUUGGAGGCAGACUAUGCUGAAUCCCGAGUCGGUUGCUGCGGAGCUCCGCGACGCACUGGGCAUUCAGCGCCCGUGCGUCGACCCCGAGCUUCGCUAUCAGCCUAAGUCGCACGCCCAGUUUUUGAAGCAGCUGGAGGCUCACGACAUGAUCUCAUGGAGAGCCGCCAGCCUCCCCGUCCUGGAGUUCUCGGAGGCCGUCAGUAAGGGUGUCUUCACGGGCUUGCAGAUCGACGGUCUCUCGGGUGUCGUUCGAGUUCGGCCCGAUCGCCUCGCGCGCACGCGGCAGGCUGUACUCGGACUCUUACGGCGUGGGCGGGACUCCGCGGGGGCUCUCAGCGUGCUGGUGGGCCACUGUACUUGGGGUAUGAUCUUGAGGCGGGAUGUCUUGGCGAUCUUCAACUCAGUCUAUAGGUUCAUCAACGUGGCGGGCGCUCACCCCGCGCCUCUUUGGGACUCAGUUGUCAGGGAACUUCGUGCCGCAGUUGCCUUGAUCCCCCUCUGGAGCGCCUCUACUAGGUCCAGGUGGUCGUCUAGGGUCCACGCGCCUGACGCGUCGACGUACGGGAAGGGCGCGUGCGUCAAGGUGAUCCCCCCCGACCUGGUCUCGGACGUAGGCCGCGUGGCCGAGAAGUGGAGGUGCCACCAGGGCUCCAGCGUGCUCGCGAGGGCCCACGCCUUCAGCCCCGCUGAGCCCCAUCAGGAGGUGAUCAGGACUGCGAGGUCUCGGGAGACCCACACUGGGCCCUCCAGUCUCUCGCGAGGGAGUCUCUCAGCGCCGGGGGCGUCAGCCGUCUCGGCCUCCACGGGCAGGUACUACCACGAUCGCGCCCAGAAGUUUCUGAGCUGGUGCCUGUGGACCGCGCUGGACGCCUCCUGCUCCGUCGACCUCGGCACCGUGCUGGCGGUGCACGUCGUGCAUCUGUUCCUGUGCGAGUACGACCACGCGACGGGCCGCGCCAAGCUGGCCGCCCUGAAGUGCCAGCUCCCCUUGAUGCUGGUCGGGAGUCGGCCGAUGCCGCGGGCAGUUCGGGCGCUGCAGGGGGGGGCGCAGUUCGCUCUGCCCCUGAUCCGCCAUCAGCUGCCUCGGAUGGCGAUGUUCGCGACAGUGGGCGUCCUCCUGGCGCAGGGCCGCCUGUCCGAGGUGGAGUUCGCGCGCCUGGCCUUCGACACGUGCCUCCGCCCGAGGGGGGCCCACCGCCUCGCGGCCUCUUCGUUCCUGGCCCCGCGGGUCGGGUCGAAGGAAGGCUACCAGCUCUGGGCCAGCCUGGUCAACGAGGCGGCCAGCGGCAGGCCUGGUCAGACGGGGGUGACCGACGUGAACGUGAUCGUGAACGACCCGUCGCGGCCGCUCUCACCCGCGCUAGUGUUCUUCGGCGGCCAGGUCGGGGCCAGGCUGCUACAGCUGAUGGAGGUGACGGCGAGGACGGGCACCCCCCCGCUCCGCCCGCCGCCCCUGGUGCCCGCGUCGGCGCCGGCUGCAGAGAGCGGCGCUCGAUGCCGCCGCCUGGGCGCCCCGCUUAAGGGCGUCAACCGUGACGACACCGAUCUUCGCGCCAUUCGCGUGGCGAACGCCCUAGCAGAGUCUGUCUUUAAGUUGAUUCGCGAGUGCACGGCUCGUCAGGUAGCCACCGCAGGCACUGACAUGAUAGUG